AUGUCGUCAUCUAAACAUGAUGAUGCUACAGUGCAUGUCUUUCAAGUUGCAUAUGUCAUCAUCAAAGCUGCAAAUGCUCCACGACCUGGAAACUGGAUUUUGGAACGUUCCAUAGAUGGCACAGAGUUCAGACCAUGGCAGUACUAUGCAAUUAGCGAUACCGAAUGUUUAACUCGUUAUAAUAUUACGCCUAGAAUUGGACCACCAACUUACAAGAGAGAUGAUGAAGUGAUUUGCACCUCCUAUUAUUCCAGACUUGUUCCCCUGGAGCAUGGAGAGAUUCACACGUCACUGAUCAACGGUAGGCCUAGUGCUGAUGAUCCUUCACAAAAGCUACUGGAGUUUACUUCUGCACGAUACAUCCGCCUGCGACUGCAGCGUAUUAGAACCCUUAAUGCUGACCUUAUGACUCUGAGCCAUAAUGAUCCUAAAGAGUUAGACCCCAUUGUUACCAGAAGG